AAUUCUGCAUCUUCUCCAUUUCUUUCCAUUUCAGAGAGAUCAAAUCCAAAUCCACACAAACAAACAAUCUCUCUAAUGGCGAAGCACUCUUUUUCCCUCAUCCAUCUCUCUUCCUUCAUCCUCCCUAGAGGAGGCGAUACUCGCUUUUACCUUAUUGCCCUUUUGUCCAUCCUCUCUCUUCUCCUCCACCAUCUCUCCCCCAUCGUUGCCUCCGCCACUCCCCACCACUUCGAGGGUUUCGACGCCGAUGAAAUCGACGACUCAGAUGAACCCAUCAUCAUCUCUUCCUCAUCCACCCCUCCCCCACCCCUCACCACCACCCUCUCUGUCUCUGACCCCAUCGAAUCUCACCAUGGCCCACCUGAUCCUCUUUCAUCUGAUCCCACCCCUUCACAGCCGUCCGAUCCAAAGCCUGCUUCUACAUCCUUCGAUUACUGGGAUGAAGAUGAGUUUGAAGGUAUCCCUACUCAAUCUUCACCCUCUGAUUCCGUUUUAAUUACUGAAUCUGCCACUUCCACGUCAUCCGAAUCCAGUUCGGAUCUCCAAAAAGAGCCUGAGACUGAGCCGGAAAGUCCGAAGUCUAUAUCGGCUUAUACUGUUGAGAUUGUUUGUGUUUCUUUCUUGAUUAUGUUUGUUAUUAACUACUUUACUGGUAAAAAAGAGAAUGAGAAGUUAGCGUUAGCUUGGGCUAGUAAAUUUGCGACGAAAGAUUCGAUAUUUGAGAAGAAUUUUAGUUUAUUGGGUGUUGGGGAAACUGAUGAUUCGCCGUUAUUGUUGAAAGAAGGACAAAAUGUGUUUAAGUUUUAUGCUAGUGGAAGGAGAUUUUGUCAGGGUUUGUUGGCUACGAUGGAGUUGAAGAGUAGGCAUGAUUUGAUAUCGAGGUUGUAUAAUAUGGUGGUGCCUUGUAAAGAUGAGAUAACGUUCGAGGUGUAUAUGAAUGAUGAUGCUAUGGAUCAUGUGGUUGUUGCUGUGGGGAAGAAGAAAUUGGCUAAGACUAUGCAAAAGGAGAUUACGGAUCUGCAGAGAUUUGCGUCAUUGGUGAGUCCACCGAAUGGGAGGAAGUGGGUUGCUGAUGAGUUGGCUGUUGUUGCUGAGUCAAAGGAAGUGGCUGGGGAUAUGAUCAGUGAAACUGUGCUCGAUCAGGUUUUCGGUGACAAAGCAUAUGAGAAAUUUGGUAAAGGUUUCAUCUCGAUGCAUUUCUCUGAUCAACAUAUUGGGUCACACAAGAAGAUGCUGGUGUUCAAGUUUGCUCUCCCUGAUGCUAAAAACAUGGCUGACAUGACCCGGCUUGUGGCUCUUGUACCUUAUUACAUCGACUUAGUUGGACGGUACAAGCUGAGCUCGCAUGCCCGUACUAAGACUGAUGGGGCAAGACAGAAGGUUGCCCAAGAGAUUUACAAAGAACUCCAGAAUGCCAGGCAAGAAGCACUGCAAAGGAAGAAGGCUGAACAGAGAAAGAAGAUAGAGGAAGCUGAGGCUAAGCUUAGUGCAGAGGCACUUCGCAAGAAAGAGGCUAAAGAGCGUGCUCGGCAGAUGAAGAAAGCAAUGCCAAAAAUGAAGAUGUCCCGCACUGGGUAGAUUUGAGUUUAUGUGCCAUCUCAAUCUUCUCAAGAUCCCGUCAAUGGUGAUUGUGUGUCCCAGUGUCACUGAGUUUGCAUCUUGUAUUAGUUAGACGGGAUGUCUCUCUGCUGGUUCUGUACCUUAGUUAAGUAGUAGCCUAGGGGUCUUCCUUAUUUUAGCCACAGGCUGUGGAUUUUGACUUAGUCUGGUGCCUAUUGUGAAGUAAUGGGCACACUCAGUUAAAAUAAUAUUUUGUUAGAACUGAGAACCAUUUCUAAUUGCACUGGAUUAGAAUAUUUUAGACUUGAACUUUGGUGGUCUAAAUGACUGGAAUGAUUGUUUGCUACAAAAUUCGAUGUAGUUUAUCUGUCUACUA